AUGAAGACGCCGCAAGAGCAGCGACCUCGCUCCUACACGGAGCACUCAACGCUGUUAUCCACGCCGUCACUAGCACGAUGGCGCCAUUGCCAUGCGGCGAGUAGACGACACACGACGGUGCGCCAAGACAUCUGGACUGUGCUGCGAUUCCGUUCUUCCGUGCAGCACCGCUAUGGCCUACAGCUCGCAUCAUACAUUUUGGAGCUUAGCAUCUUGACGCUCAUCCUGCUGAACGUGGUGGUGGCCGUCUCGGAAACUUCUGUCGUGAACGACUGGACGGAUAUAUUCUUGCUGGUAUCCACCAUCAUCUUCUCUAUUGAGUACGCGCUGAGAGUGUGGUCGUGUGUUGAAGACGAUAGAUUUAGCGAGGGAGCAAUCAAAGGACGAUUGAAAUGGAUGACACGGCCGUUGUCGCUGAUCGAUCUGAUAGCAUUGGUCCCAUUCUACUUGGAGCUCAGCUUACAAUUCGACACACACCAGCAUGGAGGAUUAACACUGCGAAGUCUUCGACUACUGCGGAUUGUAUCGUUCCUGCGACUAGAGCGAAUGUACAACGCGAUGAAGAACCUCCGUGUGAUCUUCGCGCGAAAGAAAGAGGAGUUUUUAGUGGUAACAUACCUUACAGCCGUGGUGAUUCUAACCUCGUCACUGCUGAUCUUCUUUGUCGAGCACGUGGCACAACCUGACGUGUUCUCAAGCUUUGGUGUCUGCGUGUGGUGGUCGGUUGAGACGAUCACCUCACUUGGUUAUGGCGACAUAGUGCCCGUCACUAGCAUGGGCCGAGCGGUGGGCGCCUCGCUGGCGCUCUGGGGUAUUGUCUUGUUCACGAUUCCCGGGGCAGUGUUAGGGAGUGGGUUCAUCGAGGUGAUGCUGGAGAAACAGCGCGCAGAGGAGGCCGAGAUGUACAGUAUGGCAAUGGGCGGCGCCCAUACGCCGGUUUCGGUGUCUUCAUCCAACAACUCGUCAGCGCCGCGCCUAGCGGCCGCUAUGCGAAUUGAGGCACUGCAUCAAAAGGUCGAAGUCAUCGCGGCAGGCCAGCGUCACUUGGAGGCGCACUUCCGCCAGCAACAGCAGCAGCUUGAGAGGCUCACGCGUCUUCUCGAGGCCUCGCUUGGAGUGGCUACGACCAGCGUAACGUCGUCGCCGACGCGACGGGCCACAACACGCUCUCUCGAGUUAAGUUAA